CAUUUUAAAGUUUUCGAUAAUUUUUUGGGCCAGAACUCUGAUAACGACAUUUAUGAAACAACAAAAAAGUUUAAAUAUGUGAAAUAAAAAUAAAAAGUUUAAAAAAGUCCUUAAUUAUCCGUGUAGUGUAAACGUGUAGUAAAAAAAACAAAAAAAUAAUUUAAUUUCUGACAUUAUGAAAGUCACACUGGUAAACUAGAUGUUACCCGACCACCUGGGCGUUUACUUACACAUGUACAUACUUACUAUGAUUUUUAUCAAUUGUAUGUAUUUUGUGGAUCUACAGAUGUUUGGCGGGUACCACUGACGGCAACGUCAUUCUGUUCAAGAACGGUGAGUUGCAAGCUUUGUACCGUGUUAAUGCGAUCAGUAAAAUAGACGUGACAACGAUAAUGACAGAGGUCCAUUUGUCUUUAACCACGAAGCCCGCUAAUUUAUCGCGAAACGACAUCAUUCGGAGCUGUUUCACAUUUGAAUCUGGUCUGGUGCUACUGGUUGGUGACUCUACCAUCUAUCAUUUCGGGAAAACGGAUGAAGCACGGAGAUACGAGAAAAUCGACGUGUUCAUUAAGGAAGAGUAUCGUUACUUGCAGCAGGAUGAUUUAAAGGGUGAGUUACCGAUGCAUUACAUAGAGAGCGCGUGUGUUAGCCCCAACGGCAAGAUAUUGACGUUCAUCACGAAACGGCCUCAACUGUACCAGGCACUUCUGUCUCAGCUGGAUGAAAACGAUGACGUAUCGGCAAUGCCUAAUUUGCCCACCACACCCGGACCACUCGGCGUGGAUAUGCAUCAUGGCAUCGUGGAGAGCUUAUCAACAAGCUUGUGGAAACCGUUACUGAUGACAUGCGGAAAAUUGGAUUUCACCAUCAAGGUGUGGGAUUAUGUGCAGUGUACGUUGCUGCUGUCUAAACACUACUCAAAACAGGUGUGCGUCGUUUCAAUGCACCCCACCGGACUAUAUUCCGUAACAGCGUUUUCGGACCACUUGGAGUUCCAGAUGGUUCAGAUGGACGAUCUUGUGCCGUUAAAAAAUUUUCCAAUCAGGAACUGCACAGCAGUCACGUUCAGCGAAUCCGGUCACAAGUUUGCCGUGGCUAAACCAGGCGCCAUAGACGUCUACUGCUCGCUAUUGUUCGUAAAAUUUUUUUCAUGCCACGGACACUUGGGACCUGUAAGUAUCACAUGUAUUUAUUCAAUAUUGAGUAAUGUAGUAUGUAAUGUACGAAUUUUGAACCACAUAAAAAAUUAUAAAAAACCAUUUAAAAUAAAGAAAUAA